UGCGAAAAUGGCGACAGUCAGGGAUAGUGAUAUCUCUCUCUGGCUACACAACAAACUCGGUACGUCUAAUGAUUCUUGGACUAGCGGCUCUAUAUGUUCACAGUUGAAUUCUGAAGUUUUGAGGAAUAUUAAGGAUUGUUUCCCAGACCUCCAAACGCAAGUCAAGCUGAAACUUUUAUUAUCCUUUUUUCAUAUUCCCCGCCGUAACAUAGAAGAAUGGCGAGUUGAACUAGAAGAAAUUGUUGAAGUUGCUCAAGUUGAUAGUGAACAGUGGGUCUCGAUGCUGGCUGAAAUGAUGAAAACAUUACCAUCAACAGGCUCCCUUAAUACAGUAAUAUCAGAAAAUGAACAAAACAAAAGGAUAUUCUCAGACCUUGUGAGUGAGUUACGAAAAUUAGUCCGAAAACAGACUGAAAUGAAUCUAUUGCCUCUUGAGUGCCAUUAUUUAAACAAAUCAGCAUUAAAUAAUCUUGUUGGACAGCUGCCUGGACCCGUCAAACAUUUCACUUUGAAGAGAAAGCCUAAGUCUGCUGCAUUACGAGCCGAACUACUGCAAAAAUCGAUUGAUGCUGCUAGUAACUUGAAGAAGAGUGCAGCACCAACCGUGCCAGUCAGAUCGAGAGGGAUGCCUAGGAAAAUGACUGAUACAACCCCUCUGAAAGGAAUACCUAGCAGAGUACCAUCUGGAGGAUUCCAGUCUGGAAUGAACAGUUCACUGAUGUCUAGGCCUGCAAUGCCUCGCAGUACUCUCCCGCGUAAGGAUGGAGGGAUAAAGCUACUUGAUAUUAAUGAACAGCCAAUGGCAUAUGCCCAGGCAAAGAAGAGGAAGAGAAUGCAAGAGCUUGAGGAAGCCGCAGCACAAAAAAAAGCAUCUGCGGAAGCUGCAACAUCUACACCAGAUUAUGCAGCAGGCUUGAUUCCUCCUCCAUCUGUAGCACCAGCAACACCUGCUGCAGCUCAACAAGUAGAACAGCCUACAAUUCAACAACCACCAUCAUAUGCCCCUGUGGUUCCUCAGCAAUCACCUGCAGGUGUCAACAACCUUACACAAGGAGUUAUGGCAUCAAGCUCUGUGCCUAACCAACCGACCAUUAAUCUAGUUCCUGUAGCAGUGGCCAAGGCUGAAAUAGUGAAUCAAGUAGAACCAGAAAGGCGGCAGAUAGUUACUACAGCAACUAUUAUACCAACCAGACCUCCUGAAGAAAAGACCAAGCUUCUAUUAACGCGAGAUCAAAUCUUAGAAGCACAGAAAAUGUUUGAAACUGCCAACAAGGUUACCCGACCAGAAAAAGCAUUGAUUUUAGGUUUCAUGGCAGGUGCUCGAGAAAACCCUUGUCCUCAACUGGGAAACAUUGUUACAAUCAAACUCAGCGAGAACAAACUAAGCCCCGAAGAUGUCAUGUAUAUAGACGGCACCCCAGCUACUCAGAAAGUUGUCGAAACACAUUUUCAGAUGAACUACAAUACAGGAGAAUGGAAACUCAUGAAGAAGUACAGAGAUGUUUCAUAAUAUUAGCUUCAUUUUUGUUACAAGUGUAAAUUUUAUACAAUUGUUAAUAUUCAGAACUUUAUAUAGGAAAAUGUUCAGUUCCAUUAGGUUCCAUCAGAAGAGUUCCGUUAGCUUUAUGUUUCGAAUUAUUACAAGACAAAUGAGUUGUACUUUUAUUAUUCUUAUUAUUUUGUAAAUAUAGGAUUAAGAAAUGAUC